UUCAGCCAAGCUGUUAAACGCCUGGGUUAUACCACAGGGAUUGAAGGUUGAGGAACAGUCUGCAUCCUGCUUGGUACAGCUGAGGCUGCACGGUGCCUCCUCAUGGCUGUCAGGAUGGUGGUGCGGAGCCUGGCACUGGCUGCCCUCAUGCUGGCAGCUUGCAUGGUGCUAGCCAGGGCCACCAACCCCGGGUUUGUGGCUAGAAUCACCGAGAAAGGCCUGGACUAUGCCCGCCAGGAGGGCAUUGCUGCCCUGGAGAAGAAACUGGCCAAGCUGAAGCUGCCGGACUUCUCGGGGUCUUUCAAAGUGAAACCCUUUGGGAACGUGCACUACGAAUUCUACAGUUUGGACCUUCGCAGCUUCCAGCUGCCGAGCUCGCAGAUCGUCCCUGUCCCUAACGUGGGCCUCAGGGUGUCUGUCUCCAAGGCCUUUGCCCAUCUGACGGGGAAGUGGAAGGUGAAGAAACGCUUCAUCAAGGACCAUGGCUCAUUUGACCUGAAGGUUGAGGGUAUCUCCAUUUCCAUUGGGCUGAAGCUGGGGAGUGAUGCAUCUGGGAGACCCACUGUGACCACCUCUGAAUGCAGUACCCAAAUUUCGAAUGUCCGGAUACACAUAUCUGGCAGAUUUGGCUGGCUAUACAAACUGUUCCACAAGAAAAUUGAGUCCAGCUUCAGGAAGACCAUGGAAAGCAAGGUCUGUGAAGAGGUAACAAGCUCUGUCAGCACCCAGCUGCAGCCCUACCUCCAGACACUGCCAGUCACCACAAAGAUAGACAACGUGGCUGGCAUCGAUUACUCCCUGGUGGCCCCCCCCGUGGCGACAGCCCAGUGUCUGGAUGUGAAUCUGAAGGGUGAGUUCUUCUCUCUGGCUCACCGCUUGCCAGCCCCCUUCCCUCCCCCAGCCCUGGCCUUCCCGACGGAGCAUGACCGCAUGGUUUACUUGGGGGCCUCCAGCUACUUCUUCAACACCGCUGGCUUUGUCUAUCAGACCGCUGGGGUCCUAGUCUUCAACAUCACUGAUGACAUGGUUCCCAAGGGGGUUGAGUUCCACCUGAACACAUCCACUUUCUCUGCCUUCAUCCCCAAGCUGGAGAAGCUGUACCCUGACCGGCUCAUGAAGCUCCAGGUCAUGACCUCCUCGGCUCCAUCACUGACCAUCACACCUGGGGGCCUGUCGCUGAUGCCGGUCGUGGACAUCCAGGCCUAUGCCAUCCUGUCCAACUCCAGCCUUGCUCCACUCUUCCUCCUUAGCUUGACGAGCAACAUUUCUGCCACUGUCGCCGUGAACUCUUCCCGGAUAGGUGGGACCCUGGCACUGGGCAGGCUGAAGCUGUCACUGAAGCACUCGGACGUUGGCCCCUUCUCUGUGCAAUUGCUGCAGUCGCUCAUGAACAUCUAUGGCUCCAAGAUCCUGCUGCCCCGCCUUAAUGAGAGGCUGAAGGCUGGCUUCCCUCUUCCCCUGCCUGACCGCAUCAAGCUCUCCAGCAUCCUUCUGCAGCCUCACCAGAACUUCCUGCUGCUGGCGGCAGAUGUGCACUAUGGGUAAGGGAACUCGGGACAAGGACACAGGUGCCAAAAGAAGAUGGUCUCUUGCCUGCAGUGCACCCGACCUCGCAGAGGGGAAGGCAGGGCUUGCCUGCUCCUGCUCCCACCUGGCACCUGGCCUGACAGCACCAGAAGGACUCCAUUCUCCCCUCCACUAACCCUGCCGGUCCCUUCUCCUUGCCAUGCCCCUGUGCUGUGAUGCCGAUAGGAUCAGGUUCUCCCCACCCUUCCUGGCCCUUGUUCCCAGUACGCUGUGUCUCAAAGUUGAAAGCUCCAGCAGCUGCCUCUCCUCCAGACAGAUGGCUCCUCUGGGUGUCUUGGCCUCCACCAUGGUGAAAACAAAUGCAUGUGGUAAACAGAAAAUGCAAAACGCUGA